UGUGAAAUUUCACGAUGUGCGAUUAACGGCAUUUUCGCGCCGCAUAAACGCAACAUUCAUCCGACGAAGCUCUUAAUCGGUACUGCUCCUGCUCGACAUACAAAAAAUAUAUAUAAACAGUGCACAUAUUACAAAAGUAAUAUGUUUGGAGCCGCUCAGGUGUGCACUGCGUUAGUGACUUACCGCGGCACAUCGAAAUUGCCCGUAUAAAGCGAUCUCAUUGGCAGAAAUACACUUUUUUUGCACCAUGAGUUGUUUGGUCAGGAACCGGAAGCGGAACAGCGGUAGCAUGCUGGACGAAUUCGACAAGGUCAGCACUUUAGCCAAUGCAGAUGAUAUGGAGUCUGUAUCGCCGGAUCAAGAAAAAGAGCUGGAUAGCAACACACCGGAUUCGCAGACGGAGCCGGAAUUUGGCCAUUUGAAUGAGACACGGCGUAAGAUUCAUGAUGCCAUUGCGUCGCUGAAUGAUGAUAGCUUCGAUAAGCGCAUGGCCCGGUUGCUCAUGCAAUAUGAAGGUGCCAUUAGAGAAGAGUUCGAGCGGGCCCAGUAUUUACCUCUGAAAUGCAGAAAACUGGCGCGAAUUUUAACCGGACUAACUGAUGUCAUCCAUACCAUGGUUCAAGGACGGGCACUGCAACAGGAUGAAGGAUACAGGCAGCGUAUGUGCCACAUUGUCGGCUUCUACAUAUCAUGCGAACUGUGUUCCGCCCAGGAGCCGGUGGAAAGUGAGGAAACCAUCAUCAAUCGAAUUAACAGCUGCUUAAAGCUCUACGUGGAGUACGGAGAAGGUGGCGCCGGCGUUCACCGGGAGCACGUGCUGCGCACUCUCCUCGCUGCUCCUAAACUCUUCAACAGAGCCAGCAUUUUGUCAAUGCUUUACAGCCGCCUCUUUCCACACUGGUCGAUGCCAAGCCUUAUGAUGCAAGCAGAACUGCCAGAUAAACUCUACAUAGAAUACAUACUCAUAUUUUACUACUGGCAGCGCCUGGAGUCGGACGAGUCGGUCAAAGAGCGAAUAGUGGAUUUUGCCGAAAAAUUUAUGAGACCCUCGAAAUCCCUUGCAUUUGGAAGUGUCUAUGCCCACUAUUUGCCCAAGUUUACCGAUCCAAAAACGGCAACGCGCACUAUCUUAAAUCAUCUACGCAAAAGCAGCUGUGCCAGCUUGCAUGUGGUUAGCAAGGUGGAUAAUCGUCCGCCGCAGUCAAACGAAGUGGUACUCAGCUCUGACGAUGAGGACAGCUGCCCAAUGUGGGAUAUAUCUGGUACGCCGUCAUCAUCACUGAACAAUCAUCCGCCCGUUUUUCUUCAGAAUCUCUGUCAAAAUGCCCGCCAGUUGGAGCCGUGCAAGCGGGCCAAUGCUCUAUUCAGCGGUAUUGACAACAACAUUGAAAUCGUAGAGCUUCGCGACUCUGACGACGAUGUGGAAAUGUUUUCGGUGAACUUCAAUGUGCCUGCCAAUGUUGAUGGUAUUAUCUCAAACUCCAACUCAAACGAUUCGGCGAAUCAGACCUCGACUACGAUUCUCGGCGAGGACGACUCCGUGCCUGUUACUCGCAUCUAUCCCAGCAACCUGAGGACUUACGAAAGGGCAGUACUUCCACCCGCCACCUACACAGUGCCGCGGAUUGUAAAUAGCUACAGUUGCCGCCGGGAUAGCCUGCAUUUGGUGUCGACCACAGCGCCGCAUCUUGUCGAUCAGUGUGUGCAAACGUUGGAGGACGAGGAGCCAGAUCUGGAGAUAGAGGACCAGUACCCUAGCGCCCACAGUCAUAACUUCUUUCCGCGAAGCAGCAGUGCGAGCGUUGCCAGCGGACAACGAACACCAUUGUAUCACUGCCGUCAAUCUUCUAGUCAGAACAGCAACUGCAGCGAAUCUUCCCUGCUAAAGAAACAGGUAACCUUUAGUCCUCGACAUCUGGGUGCCACUGCCUCAAACGUCAAGGCCAGCUCAUUAAAGAAGCCAUCGAUCAAACAAUACAUGCCAAAGGCCUCAUCGAAUGGCGCAGGGUCUCAACGCUGGAAAGCGGAGCACCAGAAGGCCAGUGCGAAAAUGUUCGCCAAACUCGAUGCCAAAAUCAAGGCAUCAAGGAAUGAAGUUGUAAAUGUCGCUUCUAGCCAGCUAACGCCCACCACCAGCAACGCCUCAAGUGGCACGCCCACAAAGAUCUCGGCCACCCCCACCCGGAUGCGAAACACACCUCGAGGGCAGAGAGUGGCUUUGCCCACACCGCCAGCAUCAACGCACAGUUCAAGCAGUCCCUGCCAGAUACAAAGUACAUCCACUGACCACCAAAAUUCCAAUUCCGAUUGGGAUUUCAGUCGUCGCUGUUUCUCAAAGGCUUCUGGCGAUGAAGUAAGCUACUAUAACCACCUGUUAACCCUGCAACGUGAGAAUAUCCGCAAACGUAGAUUGAAGAACCAAAAGAAAAAGGCUAGAAAGGUCAAGCAGGUAAAGAAGGAUGUUGAUCAGGAAACUCUCCUCAAGAAGGCUACAAAGCGAUGUCGGCAGCUACGCGCCUUGAACGUGAAGCGGAGAAAUGAAGUACAACAAUUGGAGCAGGACCUAAACAUCAUAAGGAAAUCUGCGCCGAAAAAAUCGCCAAAAAUAAGACUGAAACGUUUCAAUCUCAAGAGCAUGGAAAGGUCAGAAGCGAAUGAAGCGCUAAAUGGCCAAGAUGAGAUAGAAACGGAGGUGCAGGAAAAUUCUCACCAAAAGGAUACUGAGCAGCCUUGUGAAAAUCUACCGCCAAAAAGGGUGCAAGAAGAACUAGAAAUCAGUAAUGGUUGCGUAGAAUACAAAAAUCAGCAGCAAAAACGACUCAGUGAACAAGAACGAGAGCAUGAUUUAGAGCAUCAACAAUUUCUAGAAGAGCAGCUACUACUAGAGCAACAUCAACUGAAGAUACAUCAACGACAACAGGAGGGGCUUAGGAAUGAAGAUGAAAACGAGACAGAGGAAGAUACAAAUCAACACAAGAAACAGGAAACCCAACUGCAGUUUGAGAUUGAACGCCAGGCAGAGAAAUGUCAACUCCAAGUAGAGGAUGAACACCGAACGGGGAAAGUGACAAAUGUAAGAGACGAUCCAGAUCAGUCAGAGGUAGAUCAACAGCUGUUAAGGGGGCAACAUCUGGAAGGGGACGAUACAGAGGAAUCACAUAAUCAGCAGCACUUUGAUGAGGAAAACGGGGAAACACUGAAACGUAAGAGGACUAAGCGAAGGCGUCGAAUAAAACGUGCUCUUUGGACGCACGUUAAGAAUAAGAAAAAGAAGCUGUUGCUUAUAGCUUUUCCUUUGGAAUUCGAAGCAGAUCCUAGACUAGAAACCUCUUCUAUACAACCAGAGCCAGCUCCAGAUGAAAAAGCGGAAACGGAAGUUGCCGAACCAAUACCAGAACCUGCCUAUGAGUUCGACCAGGACUUGGUGCCGGAAGUUGGCAACGAAUUGGAGAUUGCUGCACCCAUUCGAGCGGCUGAGGACGAAGAUAGUACUGCGUUGCUCUCGCCGUCGCACAAUAUCGAACUGGUGACCAGCCAUGUGCCAGUUUACUUGCUCAACGGCGAGAGCCGCGAUGUCAGCACGCCCCUGUCCAGUAGUUCUUUUAGUGCCAGCGGUUCAGAGCCAUAUGCCACAUCGAAGGAUUAGUUUAGGAACACCCCACCAAAUCCAGUUGCAGUUCCAGUUGCCGAUCCAAUCCCAUUGAUCUUGGCCUGUAAAAGUAUUUAUAUUUUUUUUUAUUUUGUUCUUCUGAAGAUAUGCCUGUAAAACUGUUGAAACACUGUAAUACUUAGGUUUAUUGUAGUUAAUUAGGAGUUGUUGAACGUUAUAAUUUUUAUGUUUACACUUUUAUUUGCAAUACACAAAAAUCCCACUAAAGUCAACCCGUACCAAACCCCCCCGGCAUUAUCCAUGUCAAUUUUCAUAAAUAAAAUGAAAUUAUUAGUGUAUAUUGUGCGUAAUA